UAAACAAAAAAUCAAUAAACACAGAUUAUCUCUUAUCUAGAGGUUGGAUAUUGUACAAAGCCAUUGUUCGAAUUGGGUGGAAAAAAUCUGAAAAUGAAAAAGGAAAAAAGGAAAAAGAUUUCGGUGAAGAUUCGUCAAUUCGGGCCUACAAUUACAAAGCGCCGACUGGAUUGCAAUUUGCCGAUUGAUUCGAGGACUCUCUCUCCCUUCUUCGCAAUCAACGAAGCUUCGAAACUUUAUGCAAAUCUUCAUGUUCUUUUGCUUCUGCUUCGGUUUGUGAAGAGACCCAAAUGCUUCGUCCCCACAAAAAUCUAUGCAGGUUCAUCUAUGGCCUGAGCCACCAUCAAUCCCUUCACUGUAUACGUUCAGCAUCCACUUAUCAACACAACCAGAGAAACCAUGGCGCAAAGGGAAAUGUUCGAAAGAAAGAUGAGAACGAAGAAGCCCAUUUGUAUUUCUACAAGAGUAGAGGCCAACACAUUCUUAUGAACCAACGAAUUCUGGACUCCAUUGUUCGAAAAUCUGCCAUACUUCGGACCGAUACGGUCUUGGAGAUCGGACCCGGCACCGGAAAUCUGACAUUGAAGCUUCUGGAAGCUUCUCAAAAGGUCAUAGCCGUUGAAAUUGAUAAAAGAAUGGUCGAGGUUCUUCACAGACGCGUGGCGGAGCACCAAUAUGAAGACCGUAUUUGUGUCAUAUGCCAAGAUGCUUUGAAAUGUGAGUUCCCUCGUUUCGACCUCGUUGUGGCCAACAUCCCUUAUGGGAUAUCUUCGCCGCUUGUGGCCAAGUUGGUAUACGGGACAAUUCCAUUUCGGAGUGCCACGCUUCUACUUCAGAAAGAGUUUGCACGGCGAUUGUUGGCGGAUCCUGGUGAUUCUGAGUACAAUCGUUUGGCUGUAAAUGUGAAACUGGUGGCUGAUGUGGAGCAUGUCAUGGAUGUAAGCAAGAGGGACUUUGUUCCUUGUCCUAAAGUCGACUCAUCCGUUGUGAUUAUCCGUCCCAAAAAGGAAGUUCCAGAUGUGAACCUGGAAGAGUGGCGGGCGUUCACUAGAACUUGCUUUGGCAAGAAGAAUAAGACACUUGGUGCAACAUUCAAGCAAAAGAAGAAGCUGAUGGACCUUAUGCACUCAAAUUCAGAGAAUGGGUAUAAUUCCUUCAAAGAGAUGGUCAUACAGGUUCUAAAAUCUGGGGACUUCGAAGAUAAGAGGCCUGUGAAGUUGUGUAAUGACGAGUUGCUACAUUUGCUAGCGUUGUUUAAUCAGGCUGGAGUAUAUUUUCACGAUGGAUCAAAGCUUCAAGAUGCAGAAAGAGGAGUCUUAGCUCAUGCCUACAGUUCAGAACUAGAAGAGUAAUUUUCCUGCUUCCUUCUCAAUGGUCAGGGCAGUAGCUCAACAACCCAUUUGGGAAGAAACAUUAGUCUUCCAUUUGGAGUUUCACUGUAGUUUCUUAUUUUAUUACUUGAGUUAUAAUUUGCAGUCUUCUUAGGAAAGAAAUUGGAAGAUCACUUUUUAUAGUUAACUCGAGGCAUCUGCCUCAAAGAUUGGUGGUUUGUAUAACUUAAGUUACAAAAUGGAGCGUAUUUUGAUUUGAUUGCUGAGUUUGUUAA